AUGGGUGGGGUACGGCUACCUCACAAGGACUGUCACAUGGGUGGGGUACGGCUACCUCACAAGGGUGGCCAUAUGGGUGGGGUACGGCUACCUCACAAGAGUGGCCAUAUGGGUGAGGUACGGCUACCUCACAAGAGUGGCCAUAUGGGUGCGGUACGGCUACCUCACAAGGGUGGCCAUAUGGGUGGGGUACGGCUACCUCACAAGGACUGUCACAUGGGUGGGGUACGGCUACCUCACAAGGACUGUCACAUGGGUGGGGUACAGCUACCUCACAAGGGUGGCCACAUGGGUGGGGUACGGCUACCUCACAAGGGUGGCCAUAUGGGUGGGGUACGGCUACCUCACAAGGGUGGCCAUAUGGGUGGGGUACGGCUACCUCACAAGGGUGGCCAUAUAGGUGGGGUAUGGCUACCUCACAAGGGUGGCCACAUGGGUGGGGUACGGCUACCUCACAAGAGUGGCCAUAUGGGUGGGGUACGGCUACCUCACAAGGGUGGCCAUAUGGGUGGGGUACUGCUACCUCACAAGGGUGGCCAUAUGGGUGGGGUACGGCUACCUCACAAGGACUGUCACAUGGGUGGGUUACGGCUACCUCACAAGGGUGGCCAUAUGGGUGGGGUGCGGCUACCUCACAAGGGUGGCCAUAUGGGUGGGGUAUGGCUACCUCACAAGGAGUGUCACAUGGGUGGGGUACGGCUACCUCACAAGGGCUGCCUCAUGGGUGGGGUAAAGCUGCCUCACGAGGGCUGCCACAUGGGUGGGGUAAAGCUGCCUCACGAGGGCUGCCACAUGGAUGGGGUACGGCUACCCCACAAGAAAUGGGUUGAGCACGACUACCUCACAAGGGCUGCCACAUGA